UUCACGGUAAUUUUCUCAGAACAUUUGAUGCUCGUGACAUACCCAUUUUUGUACCCGAUACCAAAAUUGAUGGUAUUUUUCAUACAUUUCCAAUCAUUUUAUCAUAGAAAUAUUAAAAGGAUAACAAAGAUAUUUUAUGGGUCAUAGAGAGAUAUUACGAGGCAAAGAGUGUGGUGGAUAAGGGAACUGGAACCUCUCAGUCACAAUGGCUAUUCCCCUUCCAAAACCUUUCACCCCCAACAACUACACCAUUCUUUCUCUGACUAAACAUUCGCCUAAGCUCACAACCACCUUUGCAUUUUCAAGUGGCCGGAAAUUGAUAGAAUCCGGCUCUGUACAACAAAUAACGGCUAAAGAUGCCUCAUCUCUCAUAGAAAAUGAAGGAUUUCAGUUGCUCGAUAUCAGGCCAGAGUGGGAGAGAGAGAAGGCUUUUGUCCGUGGUUCUCUGCAUGUUCCCUUAUUUGUGAAGGAGGAAGACAGUGGUCCUAUCACAUUGUUGAAGAAGUGGGUGCACUUUGGGUAUAUUGGAUUGUGGACUGGGCAGCUUCUCACCACCAUCAAUGAGAAGUUCUUGCGGGAGGUGGAAGAGCUGGUUCCUGACAAGGAGGAGAAGUUGAUUGUGGCCUGUGGAGAAGGGCUCAGAUGAAACCAACGGCUCAGAUCUUUGAUGGCUGUGAAAAGAUUGCACGAGAACGGCUACCAGAACUUGGGUUGGCUUGCCGGAGGUUUCAACCGGACCAUGGACACAGAUUUCCCGGUAGUUGUGGGGGCAACAAAACUGCAGUAUGCUACUAUAGGUGGUGCGUCUUACUAUUUCCUUCAAUUGCUGUUGCUUUUUCAAUCAAUCGG